GGAAGUGAAAGUUCUUGUCAGCGUGAUCAGAGCUGCAGACGAGUCUGUGGAACCAUCCAAACAAACCUUAAACCGACUUCAUCAGAUCUGGUUCAAGUCUCAUUGAUAUGGCUGCUGCCGGUCGUGUCCGAUCUGAAGAUCAGUUCCGGUGUUCCAUCUGUCUGGAUUUCUUCACUGAUCCAGUCGCAACACCAUGUGGACACAACUUCUGCAAAUCCUGCAUCUGUGAACACUGGAGGGUUAAUGUCCCAUAUCAGUGUCCCAUGUGUAAAAAGGUUUUUGACCGAAGACCUGAGUUGUACGUCAACGCUCUCAUCUCAGAGUUGGUGUCUCCGUUCAGACAUGAAGAAGAGAAGGCAGAGCUGAAGAAGACAGAGGCUGAAAUUGAGGAGAUGAUCCUGGAGAGAAGACUGAAGAUCCUGGAGAUCCAAUGUUCAGUGGAGGUCAGUACGAACGCUGCGGACAGAGAGGCAGCAGAAGGUGUGAAGGUCUACACUGCUCUGAUCAAGACUGUUCAGACAAGUCUGGACCAGCUCAUUGAGGAGAUCCAAGAAAAGAAGAGGAGCACCAAGAAACAGGCUGAAGACUUCAUCAAAGAGCUGGAACAGGAAAUCUGUGAGCUGGAGAAGAGAAGCACUGAGGUGAAGCAGCUCUUAGGCUCUGAAGACCACCUCCACUUUGUCCAGAGGUUCACAUGUGUCAAAGCUGCUCCAUCCAUGAAGACCUGGACAAAGGUCAGCAUCCAUCCAUCAUAUGAGGGGACUGUGGUGAGAGCUGUGCAUCAGCUGAAGGACAAACUCACAGAAGACAUGAAGAAGGAGGUGUUUGAAGCUGAACUGAAGAGAGUCCAACAGUAUGAGGUGGAUCUGACUCUGGAUCCAGAUACAGCAGGUCCUACCCUCAUCCUGUCUGAUGAUGGAAAACAGGUUCAUGAUGGUGAUGAAUGGAAGAACCUUCCAGACAAUCCACAGAGAUUCACUCCUUCUUGCAUCUUAGUGAAGCAGCGUUUCUCUUCAGGCAGGUUUUACUUUGAGGUUCAGGUCAAAGGAAAGACUUACUGGACUUUAGGAGUGGUCAGAGAGUCCAUCAGCAGAAAAAAAUGGAUCAGACCGACUCCUCAGUACGGAUACUGGACCAUCUGUUUGAUAAAUGGAAAUCAGUACUAUGCUCUUGCUGAUCCUCCUGUCCCUCUGUCUGUGCAGUCUGGUCCUCAGAAGGUGGGGGUGUUUGUGGAUUAUGAGGAGGGUCUGGUCUCCUUUUAUGACGUAGGUUCUUCAGUUCUCAUCUACUCCUUCACUGGCUGCUGCUUCAGUGAUAAACUCCUCCUAUUAUUCUGUCCAGGUUCUAAUGAUGGAGGUCUAAACUCUGCUCCUCUGAUCAUCACUCCUGUCAGACACUGAGGAACAAACUCAUCAGAUGUACAGAUUUUCUCAGAUUUACUGGAGUCACUAAACUUAGUGAUGAUGUAAACUGUUUGAACGUGUAUGAAUCUGGAUCCAAAUGCACUGAAAUACUAACAUUAGUGCUGAGAAUAAUCCUGGUUUGACACAUUCUGAUGUCUGUGAUUGAAUCCAAUGAUAAUGAUGGUGUUUGAAUGUGAACUGGAAUUCAAAAUGUUGGGAUUGUGAAUGUGUUAAAAUUAUGGGAUUGAUUUUAUACAUUUAAAUGAUAGAAGUGUUCAGGAGAAUUCAAUAUUCAAUAAUAACAGUACAGAUUCUGUUCAUCAGCUUUAAUAAAUACACUCAUAUACUGUCUGCAUUUGAAAUAAGAAAAAACAUUAAAUAUUAAAUGUUUGCUGAGUUGUUUUCUAUUUGUUCGUAGACAAACACAUGUAAUUAUUGUAAAAACUGUAAUUAUUUUCAGCUCUGACGGAGGUUAUACCAUAAUAUUUAAGACCAAAUAUAUUGAAAUGAUUCAUCAGUUAUUCAAAUAUUUUCUGAGUAAAUUUACUGAAGUUCAAGUGUUGAUUUAACAAAUGACAAUGAGGAGGAAUAAAUAUUCAGUUGUGCAAACCGUACAAAAGGGUUAAUGAGUUCAAAUACCUGUAAUUGUAAGAGGGCUUUAAAUUAUGUACAAAUGUUUAUGGCUGAGAAGUCUGUGAUGUGUGUGUGUGUUAUUUAUGUGUAAUUUUUUGUUUGUUUGUUUCUACUUGUAACACUUGUAACGUUGCCGGUGCCUUUGUGAGUGAGGUACAGGUCUACAUGUGUUUAUAUUUACAAGUGUAUGUAUGGGUAUAUAUAAAAAAUGUGUUCAUAAAUAUAUUGUUAAAAAAAAUUACUGAAGUUUAAAUCCAAUCAAUCCAUUUGAUAAAUCACAAACCUUUGACUGAUUUGGAUGAUUCUGCUCAAAUAUCUGAACUUUGUAUUUACAUGUAAACUAUGAUGAAA